AAAAUCACGACGGGUUAAGUCCAUGAGUUUUCAUGACGAUUCACACAUCUUAUCACAGCUUGGAAUUCUCGACUCACACGAACGGAGCCCAAAACGAGAAACAACCUCUUCAGUGGCGGAAAAAAAAUUUGUGGAUGUAAAACUAACAGCUUCAAUGUCAGAUGAUGAUGAGGACGAUGACGAAGAUUUGGUUUUUGAUAGGAAUAACUUACUUUCAUCGAAUAAACGCCAAAAUGCAUCAUUGAUACGGGGGAGAGCCGACAACCAAACGAUUCGAUUACUUAUUUUGUUACUACUAUUUUUAAUUGCUGGACUUGUCAGUUCUUCCACUACUUUGUCAGUAUGUUCAGUUCGUCACGAAGUCAUUGCUUGUCUUUGGACUUGUAUAGGAAUGUUCUGUGGAGCAUGGUCGACAAAACUCACUUCAGCUCGGUCGAAUCUGAUGCUCUUUCUGCUAUCAGCGUUGCUCACUUUACUCGUAAAUCUUUUCCUUGCAUUCAACUUUGCAUUUCUGUUCGCGGUCCGUGGAUUUUUUGUCGGUGCAACUUUAUAUGGCGGAGCUCUCAUUUGGUUCGCGUUUUGGAGAAAACAACUGAGGAAAUUUCUUAUACUACUUUUAUUUUUCUCAGCCGGAGGACUUUUGGCAAUGACUUUGAAAACAACUGCAUUUAAUGAUGCAACAAACAGUCUUGCAGACAUGAGCAUUGUUUCAAGAUCCAUUCAGAAUACAGUUUCCCGUCUUAAAAGAGCAUCUGAUGAUGAGAAAACUCUUUUACCAUUCGUUGCAGCAGUAAUUGAUAAUUCAACACAAGCUGCAAAUGUUACAGAUGAUUCCAUCGUGAAAAAACCCGAAGUGGCAACUGGAACCGUGCAAAAGUUGAAAACAAAAACUGAGAUAAAUGUCGAAAAAGAAAAAGAAGUCGAAGAGAAAAAGAAAGAUUCCGAAUCAGAAUUAGUUCAAGUUAUCGAUGGAAGUACUGGAAAUUCCACUGGAAGUACUGUAGAAACUACGCCAUCAACAUCUACUACUACAACAUCUUCAACGACUUCCACAACCACAACAACUACAACAACUACAGAAACUCCAUCAACCACUGUAAUCACUACUACAAUUCCAUCUACUACAAGUGAACCAGAAGCUACCAUUGAUGUAAAGACGCGGGAUAGUAAAGAAGACACAAAUGGAGUUCUACCUACCAGCUCUGCUAUCGAAACACCACCAUAUCCAGAAAAUUGUCCAGAAGAUUCACUUUUCCUACCUGGAACCAUUGCAGCAUCUGAAGAAACAUCAUCAUCAUUCAUUAAAACAUUCGCAUCAUUUGGUGUUGUUAUAUACAUCGUUUCUUAUGCAUUGUGUUGCCUACCAUGUGGCUUACGACCUGAUGCAAAAGUUAAGAAAUUGGAAUCUGAUUCAGUUGUUGGACUUGGAAUGCGAUUGAGAAUUUUUGUUGCGACAAUUCAAACUAUUAUUGGAUUUGUUCAACAAAUUAAACAUUUCCACUCAUCAGCUCAGCCAUCUGCAUUUACCGAACAUAUCGUUAUUUGUGUAUUUGUAAUGAUCAUGUCUUUUAUCCUGGUUUUUGCCGGUCAUCGAGUUGGAACCAUCGAAAGUGUCAUAUCUUCUUUUUUGCUUACUGCAUUUGGAGAGUUAAUUCUACUUUUUUCAUCGACUUCUCAAUUUGGAAAUAUUACAUCAAUUUGUGGACUCUAUGCUCUUUGGAUUUCACUCUUUUUUGUUGUCGAGUUGUUCCUUCAAGUUCGAUGUACCGUUCAACUUGCCUAUUUUUUAAUUGCAUGGAUCGUCGGACGCGCCAUGGCUUGUCUUUUUGCACUCGAACCGAUUUUCAAUGGUCUCGAACAAACGUUCACCUUCAUUUUAACGAUUUGCAUAGGAGUUCUACUGUUUAAUGCUAUCAGAAUGCUUCAAAAAUCGAAACGACUAAAAGAAAUAUUGGAUAAUUCUAGUACUCCAAUUGGAGGAUCGGGUAUUAAUUCAGCAACAGGAGAAUACAUAUCACUUACAGCUCAAGACGUUCUUGAUGAUGAUGAUUUGUUGGAUGAAGACGAGAUGGAUCGAAGCUCAAUGGAUCUGGAUUUCGAACUGGAACAGCUCGGUUUAGAGCCAGUCGGUGUUGGAUCUAGAGCAUAAUAUUCUUCAACAUCAUGUAUCAUGUAACAACAAUUGUAUCUAGUUAUUUUUCUAAUAAUUUUGUGAUAUUAUACCCCGGGAUUCGUUUUUUUAUCUCUCGCUAGUAUCUAGAUUUUCUCAAUUCUUGUUCAAACCUUCAAAAUUUCUUCUCCGCUCGGUGCCUUUCUCAUUUCACGAUUUUCUGGUACUUUCCCCGUUCACAAAUCGAUUAGAUUUUCACAGAAUUCUAUUUAAAAUCUUUCUGAUAUUAUUUUUUCGGUGAUCUCAUUUCGUCAUUGUGAUAAUGAUGUUUCUGUGAAAAGGAGUUUUCCUUUUCUCCCCAGAUUCAUGUAUAGUUUCUUGUCAUUCAUUUUGUGCUCUAUUGCUUCUGGUACACGUGUCUAACGAUUUUAACUUCGACUUUUUUUCUGAAUGAACUGUUUUAUCCGU